AUGCGUGAGAUCGUUCACCUCCAAACCGGCCAGUGUGGUAACCAAAUUGGUGCCGCUUUCUGGCAAACCAUCUCUGGCGAGCACGGUCUCGAUGGUGAUGGACAGUACAAUGGUACCUCCGACCUCCAGCUCGAGCGUAUGAACGUCUACUUCAACCAUGCCAGCGGUGACAAGUACGUUCCUCGUGCCGUUCUCGUCGAUUUGGAGCCCGGUACCAUGGACGCCGUCCGCUCCGGUCCUUUCGGCAAGCUCUUCCGCCCCGAUAACUUCGUCUUCGGUCAGUCCGGUGCCGGUAACAACUGGGCUAAGGGUCACUACACCGAGGGUGCCGAGCUCGUCGACCAGGUUAUCGAUGUCGUCCGUCGUGAGGCCGAGGCUUGCGACUGCCUCCAGGGUUUCCAGAUCACCCACUCCCUGGGUGGUGGUACCGGUGCCGGUAUGGGUACACUCCUGAUCUCCAAGAUCCGUGAGGAGUUCCCCGACCGUAUGAUGGCCACCUUCUCCGUCGUUCCCUCUCCCAAGGUUUCCGACACCGUUGUUGAGCCCUACAACGCCACUCUCUCCGUUCACCAGCUUGUUGAGCACUCCGAUGAGACUUUCUGUAUCGAUAACGAGGCUCUGUACGACAUCUGCAUGCGUACCCUCAAGCUCUCCCAGCCCUCGUACGGUGACCUGAACCACCUGGUCUCUGCCGUCAUGUCUGGUGUUACCACCUCCCUCCGUUUCCCCGGUCAGCUCAACUCCGAUCUGCGCAAGCUUGCCGUCAACAUGGUUCCCUUCCCCCGUCUGCACUUCUUCAUGGUCGGCUUCGCUCCCCUGACCAGCCGUGGCGGUCACUCUUACCGCCAGGUCAGCGUGCCCGAGUUGACCCAGCAGAUGUUCGACCCCAAGAACAUGAUGGCUGCUUCCGACUUCCGCAACGGCCGCUACCUCACCUGCUCCGCUCUCUUCCGCGGUAAGGUCUCCAUGAAGGAGGUCGAGGAUCAGAUGCGCAACAUCCAGAACAAGAACCAGAGCUACUUCGUUGAGUGGAUCCCCAACAACGUCCAGACCGCUCUGUGCUCCGUUCCCCCCCCGUGGCCUCAAGAUGUCUUCCACCUUCGUUGCGCCAUGUUCCGUCGCAAGGCUUUCUUGCACUGGUACACUGGCGAGGGUAUGGACGAGAUGGAGUUCACUGAGGCCGAGAGCAACAUGAACGAUCUUGUCUCCGAGUACCAGCAGUACCAGGAGGCCUCCGUCUCCGAGGGCGAGGAGGAGGAGUACCUCGCUGAGGACAUUGUUGAUGAGGAGGUUUAG